AUGGAGGAUUGCGAGAUGGGCGAACAGGACCCUUCAUUACCGUCUGUUUGUGACGCUCUCUAUCACCUCAUCAAUGACAUCCAUGCUCUUUCCUCCGUUGGCUCAGUAGAACAGCCAGAAACGGACGAGUACUCCACCACCUUCGCACGUCACCAAAACGCUGCCCGCGACGACAUCCUUCAAAGAUGCAAAUCGCAAUUCAUCACCCUACAAAAGCUCUACCCACAGCUCCUAUUGCCAGCUCUCGGUCUCCUCGACAAAGGCCUCCUCACGAAAUACAAGGCGAAGGAGCGUGCGAAUCCACACCUUGCAAUGGAUGAUGCGUCGUCAGAAGAGCAAGUAAUGCCAAGCAUCUACUACGUCAAGACCUCCUCUGGGGCUUCGUCACGUUACUCCUCCGAGAACAUAUCAUACGAAGUCCGUCUUACGGCAUGGCACUGUACCUGCCCCUCCUACACCUUCUCCGCAUUCGCCGGUACCUCCGACACUCUUAACGCCCCUCCAUCAUUAUCUCUGGAAACACCAUGGGUAUGGGGUGGGAUGACGCUGGCGAAGUCACCACCAUUGUGUAAGCACUUACUUGCGUGUGUUCUGGCGGAGUGUGGUGGGGUGUUGUUGGAGAAGAUGAAGGAGGUUGGUGGGGCGACGAAGGAGGAGUUGGCUGAUUGGGCCGCAAAAUGA